AUGAUUUACGCGGAAAAUCUCGACAGCAACGAGGAAGGCAAGAAGAUUAUUCUGUUCUGGACGAUGCUGGCUUCGUUGCAGAGCGUAAGUGAGAUUGAUAUUCGCGAAAAGGCCGAUCCGUUCCUGGCGAAGAUCUUGCACCAGCUGGACACGGGACAGCAAGAGUUGGAUGAUUACGAUGGUGAAAAGAGAUCCCAUCUGAUGGCAAACAAACGAUGCCAGUUGCCAAAAAGAAGUUUCUGCGAACAGCGCAAGGGUUACGAAAAAGUUUACGUGCCGGCGUUAAAGCCAAAACCCUCCGAAGAGGCAAUGGGACUGAUGGUCAUCGGUAAGCAGCUCUAGUACGUGCAACCCGUGUUCGCUGGCUUCAAAACCCUCAACAGAAUCGAAAGUCGCCUGUACAAGACGGCCCUCGAGAGCGAUGUAAAUCUGCUACUUUGCGCCUCAACCAGUGCCGGUAAAACGAACGCAGCUUUGCCACCAUGAUGCGCGAAAUCUUUAAGCACAUCAACGACGAAGGAACGAUCAACGUGGACGAGUUCAAGAUUAUCUAUAUCGCGCCGAUGCGAUCGC